UUGAGAUUAACCUUUUGGUUCAAAGUGAAGUUUUAUAAGAAGAAUUGGUAUUCUGUGUAUCUGUCAUCCCCAUAGUUUGCCAGACAAGUGAUGAGGUCUGAAGACCUAGAGAACAGUGGAAGCCCACGUUUCCAGAAGCACAUACUGUACACACUUUUGUAAAUUUUGGAGUAUGAGAAGAUAAAUUUCUCCUGUGUAAUUAAGAGUAAAACAAAGUUUUUAUGUUUAAUGUUUAUUCCUAUUUAUUGUAUAUGUAUUUUAUGUUGCGUUGUAUUUAAAAACUGGAAUAUAUAAAAAUCUACUUAUUUUGUUUUACAUUAUCCAGCUAGAGCAUUGUUUGUUAAUCAAGGAAAUAAAAGGGCACAAGUAACCUAACUUGUUCAUCCAUAUGUUAUGGACAAACCGAUCGGUGCUUCUGAGAAAUGAACUAAACUUUUGAUAAAUGUACAUGCCAAAUGCACAUCUAAACACUACAUAAUGAGUCAAUCAAUCAGUGAAAUAUAAUGGCUGUAAGAAUAUAGAGUGGCAUGGCAUUGUGUAUAGGUAAGAAUUUGCUGACAGAAUGCGUCAUGGUUAAUCCUUGUCUGCAUUUAGGACAAUUACUUGUAACUGAUAAUAGAAAUUCAGCAAUGGCUGCAACUGAACUGGUACUGAACACAGCUUAACUGUUCCUUGCACUGACUCCCUGGAGAGUAUAUCAACUGACUUCUCUCAUAAUACUUGGGGUUGUAAUUAUGCAGAUAAUGAAGGAUAUGGUAUUGUCUCGGAUAAAAGGUGCACAGCUAUGGAGGAGCCUCACUGACAGCUGGGAAGUCAUCAGUUCCAAACAUGACUACAGGCCCAGAAUAAACCAAUGUAUUGUAGAUGCAUUGGUGAAUUUAUUUCUAUUUCUUCAAGAAAUGUCCCACUUCAAAGAGAAAAACCCUGGCAAGUUUUGCCUUCUGGUCUGCAGUGUGUGUACAUUUUUCACCAUCUUGGGUAGUUACAUUCCUGGAAUUGUACUCUCCUACUUUCUAUUACUGUGUGCCUUUUUAUGUCCGCUGUUCAAGUGCAAUGAACUUGGGCAGAAGAUAUGCAACAAAAUCAAGUCAGUUCUGCUGAAACUGGAUUUUGGAAUUGGGGACUAUAUCAAACAAAAGAAGAGAGAGAGGUCUGAAACUGCAAAACCAAAAUCCACAGAAGAUGACAGUGAAUUAGACAUAUCAGCCCUGUGUCCUAAGAUUAGUCCUACAGUUAUUGCUAAAGAGCUAUCGGUGUCUGACACAGAUGUAUCAGAGGUAUCUUGGACUGAUAAUGGGACCUUUAAUUUAUCUGAGGGAUACACUCCACAGACAGAUACAUCUGAUGAUUUUGACCGACCUAGUGAGCAUGAAGAAGCUUUUGCCAGAGAUCUUGCAGAAUUUCCCUCUCUGGAAAAUGGUGCAGGAACAAAUGAUGAUGAUGACUCAAGCAUUGGCAUUCCCAUCCAGCAGAAGAGAAAAAAGGAACAGAUGCCUUCCAAGAUGGCUCAUUCUCCUAGACAGAGGAAAGAGAGGCAGUCUGCCACAGGUCUCUCCCUUCCUUUGACCACUGACCAAACCUUUAACUUAGUGAGUGAUAUUGCUGGUGAUGUUAUUGCAGCUGCAGUGUCUGCCGCCAUCAAAGACCAGUUGCAGUCCACACAGCGAGCACCCUCACAGGUAGUCCCCAGUUUGAGUGAGGAGACAGACACAGAAGAAGCUGAUGAUUUUGAACUGCUUGACCAAUCAGAGCUUGAGCAGAUUGAGAGUGAACUGGGGCUUACACAAGGCCAAGAAGAAAAGCCACAGGAAAAAAAGAAAUCUUCAGGCUUCCUUUCAAAUCUGCUUGGAGGUCAUUAACCUGGAAAUUGGAGCUAGUAACGUAGCAGAAGUGAAACAAAAAAAUCAAAUGCAAAAAAAAAGGAAAAUGCUCAGCUGUAAGCUUUAACUAUUACUUCAGAUGUGUUGUAGUAAUAUCCCUUACACAGAGUGAAUUAAUUGAAUACAUAUCAGCUGACCCUGAUAGUUAAUGUUUCUGAUAGUUAUGCCUCAAUGUAGGAGCAUGGAAAUGAAGUAUCUAGCCACUUUGGUCACUGAUGAAUGUUAGAAGUCAGUUGUUAUCUAAGAAAAAAUUAAAUUGCCAAAUCUAGAUUUUGGGGCCAAAUCUAGAUUUCGGAGUCCUUAGUCAAAUGCUCUUCACCUUCAGUUUGUUUACACUUAGUUUUCAAGCAUCCAAAGCAGUUAACGAUAUGUACAGUGAAGAGAAAUUAUGAAUAGGAUGCAGUGAGAUUAGCAGAAUCUCAUCUGCCUCUAUUAUAGUGAAAUAUCUAGAUCCCUAUUGUGUGUGGCACGUUUGAUGUCCAUAUUCUGCAUAAACCUUGAAUUUAAGGAUGUGUGCAACGCCAUCAAAAUUAACAAAAGUGGUGUUGCAUAUGUAAACGUUCAAAUUAAUUUUUUGAUAAGCUGAUACAUUUCCAAGUUAUCUCUGAUGUUUUAGGCUUGUAGAGUUAUGAAAUGGCAUGCUACUAAAUUGACCGCCUGCUGUAUUCUCUGCUAGAGUCUGGUACUGGGCAGCAAUGUCCAUAAAAAGCAAGGCAAAAACAAUGUUACACUUGAGAUUAUGGAUAUCAUGUAAACUGAACAAGGCCUUUGUAGUUUUUGUUUUUUUAAUUUUAGUUUGGAAUAGGGAAACCAAGAAUAUUCAAGGUGAACAGAGAGAGGCUUUUUACCUGCCAAUACCUGCAGUCAGGGUUCUGUUUUUUUUAUGAGACAGCUGCUAUCACUCCUAACUGAAGUCAUUAGAGAGUUAUUCUUUAAGCUGUAUCUGGUGUUCAGUGAGGCCAGAUGUUAGAGAAGAAACUCAGAAACUUCUUGGCAUACAAGUGAAGGAGGAACUUGUAUAAAAAUAUUUAUUGGUAAUUUUUAACUCCUCACAUACUCAGAGUGGCUUGGGAUCUUAAGUAACUUAGUCUGAUUUGUUUUUGUUUUUCAAGAUUUUUGGUUCACCUUUAAACAAAGAUGAAAGGCAAUGCCCAUUUAAGGUAAACAAAGAUUAACAGGAAGAAGUAAAGCUAGUUUUAUUAGUGAGCUGUAAAUUGUUAGCAGGGUUGAGGGACCAUGUCAGCUGUUAUCACUAAUCUUUGUGAUCUCCUAUUUGCUGGCAUUUUACAGGUGAAUGUUGUUAUCUAGAUCUGUCAGAAAGUACAAACCAAGCUAAUAGCAAGGUCAGCUUUUCUUCCAUAAUAGAAUAUAUUUAGAAAAAAACCUUGUUUUGAAGUAGCACCCUUUUACAUUUGUUUUUCUUUCUGAGGCAUUUAAAAGCUAGACAGAUUGCCAAAAAGAUUUUAGGUAAAGGAAAGCUAUGGAAGACUUUUGACACUAGCUUUAUUGUUGCUUAUGCUUAUGUGUCAGUAAUGCAUAUUAACUGUGUUUGCUGUCCUUUAUCGGUACAAAAGUGAGCCUGUGCCUUCAUUAUCUAACCCAUCCUGAAAGAAGUGAAAACUGGAUAUAGAGGCCACAAAAUGUAGUUUUUAAAAUUACAUCAUUUUGACAUUUAAUACAAGUUUCUGAAAAAUAUAGAAAACACAGCCAUAUAUUUUAAGCAGUGUUAGCUGUUAAGUUGUUUUAUGACUUUUUCCCAGCUUGUGCAUUCCCGUUUAGUAAACAAACACACACAAAGGCUGUGGUCACAAAAUUAGUGAGUGUAAAAGCCAUUUCAGUUUCUCAGAUGAAUAAAGAACACUGUUUCCUUAAUGCAUGUUUAAGACAAUCUACAUAGUCAGAGUAUAAGUUACAAGUCACUGAUGAAGCUUUCAGAACAUCUUGACAUUAGUAUGCUUCCUUGUGUGCUAGUGCAAGUAACAAGAAUAUUAACAGGGUACAACACAUGAAGAAACUGGAUGGGAAGGGCUGGAAGGGGGGUGUUUAACAAGACUGUAAGUGGAUGAUGCUAGCUUACUGUUGAUGGUGGCAUUGUAACAGUGUGCACUUUAUUGUUUUCUGAAGAAUAUUUGUGGUUACAAAAUUAUAUAAUACAGGGGCACUCUUACAGAAAUGCAAAUUACAUCAAGGAAGAAAAGCAGUUGCAGGAGGAGUUGCUCAGACUUUUUGUAAAUGAUCCAUUUUCUGGUUUCAAGAUAGAAAAGUAAACCAAUUUGACUACAUGUUCCAAUGUGGAAUAAGUCCUGAAUUGUCCAUAAGGAAGCAAGGCAAAACAAACCUGAACAUACAACAUACUGAAAUGUGGGAGCACAACUGCUCAUUACCCGUGUUUGGCUUUUUAAAAUAUUUUGUCCUUCUGUUUUUAUAGUAGUUAAAGAAUCAUUAACUGUUCAAGACCCAAAUACUGCAGGAUUGGAAGAAUAGGACUUAAUAAAAAUUAUUAGUAGCAAUAAAAUUAUAGCAUAUCUUGCAUACUUUAUUAAUAUUAGAUUGACCCACGAGCAUCUGUGAGAGCUGAAAAAGGAGGCUUUGAACUCUGAAUAGUAAGUAAUUGAGCAUGCCAUGAUUUUCUGCAGAACUUUCUCAAAAAAAGACAGCAGAAGUCAGAAGUACUUGGUUCAGAAAUAAUUAAGGAAUAUUGGUUAUGCAUUCCCUUUGCAUUAGUUGGAUAGCUGAGCAUGAAGAAACAUUUUCUGUCCUUCUAAAAGAUCCCGUCCACAGUGUGUUCAGUUGGAAUUCGUAUUAGGGAUCCUAAGUUUGCUGCACUCAGCAGCAGCAGCAGCAACAAAAUAAGCUACUGAAGAAUUACAUCAUUUUACAAUCUUGCAAUAAUUCGCAUGGCUUCUUUCUUACCAAGAGUCCUGCCACCUUCAAAAAUUAAUAAAAUUACAAAAACAAAGUCAUAUGAGUAUGAGAGUAAAUUAAAUAGUGUAAAAGUGUUAUUUGCUUCAUAGAAAACUUGUUUAGACACAAUGUAUUGUAAAAUAUUAUAUACACACAUUGAGCUAGAUAGUGAUUGUAUCUUUAAAGGAUUUCUCCAUUUGUUAGAAGAGUAUAUAUGGACCCUCCUAGUUCAGUCCUCCUUACUCAAUAAAAUUCCUAUUGACUUAAUUAGGCCUGUUGCCCUAGUAAGAAUGGCUGAAUUGGGGGCAGGGCCGGCUUUAGGCCAAUUCCACCAAUUCCCCCGAAUCAGGCCCCGCGCCCUGUGAGAAUCUCUUCUCUGGCAAGAGGCGCCUUUUAAAUUUUUACUCACGUGGCGGCACUCCGGGUCUUCAGCAGCACUUCAGCAGUGGGUCCUUCACUUGUUCUGGGUCUUCGGCGGCGGGUCCUUCAGUGCCGCCGAAGAUCUGGAGCGAGUGAAGGACCCGCCGCCGAAGACUCGGAGCACCACCCGGUGAGUACAAGCCCCACGUGUUUUUUUACGUGUUUUUUUUUGUCUUCCCUGUCGGGGCCCCGUCGAAACUGUUCGAAUUGGGCCCCGCACUUCCUAAAGCCGUCCCUGAUUGGGGGCCUUAAUUAUGUCACUCCUGUUUCUUGAAUAUGUUAAAUUCAGAAUAAAGGACCUUUUCAAAAAGCUUAAACUUGGAGAUAGAAGCGUUUUUGGCACAUACAUAGUCAUAAAUGCAUACCUUUAAUCCUUUAGGGAGCUUGUUUCUUUUUUUAAAUUGAAUCUACAAUGAGGAGGGAUAGCUUAGUUUAUUUGAGCACAGAUAAAUAGGACAUUACUAAAUAUGAAAAAAUACAGAUUUUACUUGCUUUUAGUUCAUUUUGCACUUAUUCCAAACGAAUACCAAUUUAACUAAGCACUCUGUUGAACAGACAUACCUUGGUCUCCAUUUAUUUAAUAUGAAAGCAAUUAAUGGUCUCUAUACAAGCUAGCCAGAUAACCAGAAACUGGAAAAUUACAGAAUGUCUUAAACUGUUUAUCUAAAAUAUUUUGCAGCACUUUACCUAAUAUGAUUACUGUUUUAUAAACAUGGAAUUAUUAUUAAUUAUUAUUAUUGUAAUUGUAAAACCAUUUAAUAAAUAUGGUAGUUUUUAUCUUUCAUUAUAUAAAAUUGUACAUUUGUUAUUCCAAAAGUAUAACUUUAGUUAAGUUAAUGCCACUUUUUUUCCCCUCCUAAUCUGAUGUGAACCACUGUUUAAUAGUGUGGAGGGUCAUACUAAAUAAAUGAUCUUAACUCUCA